UUUGGAAUGCGAAAGCCGGAAAGGAUUUGAGGUAACACACCCUCUUCCGGCCAACUCAUCUGAACUCUGCCGUCAGUUCAAAUGUGUCACUUUCUGCCAUUCAGUCAAACAAUCAGUCGCUUCGCUUCAAAACAGACCGACGGUAAAGAGUAAAGACGACAGGCGAAAUGGUGCUGCUGACGAUGAUUGUUCGUGUCGCCGACAGCCUGCCGCUCGCUGCAUCAAUGCAAGAGGACGAGCAGUCAGGGCGAGACUUGCAGAAGUAUCAGAGUCAAGCCAAGCAGCUCUGCAGAAAACUCAACGAUCAGAGUCCCGCGCGCUGCACUUUAGAGGCAGGAGCCAUGGCCUUUCACUACAUCAUUGAGAAAGGAGUGUGUUACUUGGUCUUAUGUGAAGCAGGAUUCCCCAAGAAACUGGCGUUUGCCUAUCUGGAGGAUCUGGAGGGAAAAUUCAGUGAGCAGUACGGGACGAAAGUCCCUUCAGUGUCACGGCCGUACUCUUUUAUCGAAUUUGACACAUAUAUUCAGAAAACCAAAAAGUCUUACAUCGACAGCAGAGCACGAAGAAAUCUGGGCAACGUCAAUUCAGAGUUACACGAUGUGCAAAGGAUCAUGGUUGCUAAUAUAGAGGAAGUGCUCCAGCGUGGAGAAGCGUUAUCUGCUUUGGAUUCCAAAGCAAGUAAUCUGUCCAGCCUGUCUAAGAAGUACCGCAGCGAUGCCAAGUACCUCAACACUCGGUCCACCUAUGCUAAAGUAGCCGCCGGCGCCGUGAUUUUCAUCACUCUCAUUGUUUAUGUGCGCUUCUGGUGGCUGUGAAUGUAUGUGACAAAUUCA